AAGUCGUAAUGGUUCUUAUCUUAGCUUCCACGAGUGUCCGGUAGAGGCGCCCCGUGUGUGCUUGUGUGACGUCACGCGGCGUCCACAAAACCUGCCGAGCUUCUGUGACCGUCUCAGUUUGUGGGUGGACGGCAGAAGUGACAGAACAGCAGGUUUUAAUUUCCAGUUUCCAGAGAGAAGGAGAGAGAGAGAGAGAGAGAGAUGAGGGCAGUGGUGGUGGUGAUGAUGGUGAUGGUGGUGUUGCUGGCGCUGGCUGAAGAAGCCAUGUCAGAGCCCCAGCAGCAGCAGCAGCAGCCACAACAACAACCAAACCAACAACAAGGAUGUCCCACGGCGUGCUCAGAGAUACGCAACCCGGUGUGUGGCAGCGACGAAAUCACGUAUGACAACCUGUGCCUCCUGCAACAAGCGAGGUGCACUGACCCGGACAAGGCGCAACUCACUGUCGUCACCAUAUCAGAGUGCGGGGCCCAAGUGUGCCCCGGAGUGUGCACGGAGGAGUUCGCCCCAGUGUGUGCCAGCGACGGUGCCACGUAUGACAACUUGUGCCUCUUCCUGGACGAACGGCGCUGCGAUAACCACAACCUGACCAUCGUGAGGAACGGACCGUGUGAAGGCCCCCAGCACCAGGAAUGCCCCGGGGUGUGCACGUCAGAGUUCAACCCAGUGUGUGGCAGCGACGGCCAGACGUACAGCAACAUGUGUCUCUUCGAAUCCGCCAUGAGGUGCACCAACCCGAGCCUCACCGUGCUGGGCCAGGGCUCCUGUGGUCACCAACAGCAGCAGCAGCAGCAGCAGCAGCAGCAACAACAACAACAACGGCAACAAAGACAACUUCAGCAGCAAUCAUUGCAGCAAAAUCAGCUACAGCAGCAGCAGCAGCAGCAGCAGCAGCAGCAGCAGCAGCAACAACAACAACAACAACAACAACAACAACAACAACAGCCGCAGCAGCUACUACAGCUAAACCCUCUGCAGCAAAACCAACAGCAUCAGUUGCUGCCGCAAAACCAGCAGCAGCAGCAUCACCUUCUGCUCCUGCAGCAAAACCAGCAACAUCUUCGAAAUCGGCAGGAGCUGCAGCGCCUGCUGCUGCUGCAACAAAACCAGCAACAGCAGCAAACGCAACAACAGCAAUUGACUCAGCAGCAGCUACACCACCUCCUGCAGCAACAGCAACACCAGCAACAGCAGCAGCACCGUCGCCAGCUGCAGCAACUCCUGUUGCUGCAGGUAAGUCAGCAACAACAACAGAACCAACAGCAGCUGCAGAAUCAACAACAAUUGCAGAAUGAACAGCAACUGCAGCAGCUCCUGUUGCAACAGCAAAACCAGCAGCAGGAGCAACACAGACAGCAAAUGCAGCAGCUCUUGUUCCUACAACAAAACCAGCAACAGCAACAACAACAGCAAAAUCAGCAGCAGCAGCAGCAGCAGCAGCAGCAGCAGGGCUUCGGACAACAGAACCAGCUGCUCCUGGGAGCAUUAUUCCAACCGAAUCAGCUGCAACAGGGCGUGUUGCUACAGAACCAGCUGCAGCACGGGCUGUCAGGACAACAGAACCAGCUGCAGCAACAACAGCAGCAACAAGGGGGAUUAGGACAGGGGAUAGUAGGACACGGGGGAUUAGGACAGGGAGGAUUAGGACUGGGAGUAGGACAGGGAGGAUUAGGACACGGGGGAGUAGGACAGGGAGGGAUUAGGACAGGGGUGUUAGGACAGGGGGUGUUAGGACAGGGGGUGUUAGGACAGGGGGUGUUAGGACAGGGGGUGUUAGGACAGGGGGGAUUAGGACACGGGGGAUUAGGACAACAAAACCAGCAGCAACUGGGUGGAUUAGGACAGGGGGUGUUAGGACAGGGGGUGUUAGGACAGGUGGUGUUAGGACAAAAUCAGCUGCACCAGGGAGGAUUAGGACAGGUGGUCUUAGGACAAAAUCAGCUGCACCAGGGGGGAUUCGGACAACAGAACCAGCAGCAGCAACAGCAACAACAGCAGCAGCAAGGUGGAUUAGGACAACAGCAACAGCAACAACAGCAGCAACAGCAGCAAGGGGGAUUAGGACAACAGCAACAGCAGCAACAGCAACAACAGCAGCAGCAAGGGGGAUUAGGACAACAGCAACAACAACAGCAGCAGCAGCAGGCACUGUUCAUACACGGAGGACAGCUGCAGCAGGGCGUGUCACUGGGGGGUCAGCUGGAGUGCCCUGGCUUCUGCACCCAGGAGUACGUGCCGGUGUGUGGCAGUGACGGCACGACAUACAGCAAUCUGUGCCACUUCCUGGUCCAACAACGCUGCUCUGACCCCUCACUCUUCCUCAUCAGCCUGGGGGAGUGCGCUGACCAGUAUGACUGCCCCGGGGUGUGCACGCUGGAAUAUGACCCUGUGUGUGGCAGCGACGGCAGGACCUACGGGAACCUGUGUCAGCUGGUGGGCGAGAGGCGUUGCACUAACCCGCACCUUACUCUCGUCAGCUACGGAGAGUGUGGCAGCAACCCCAACCAGUGCGGCGCCAUCUGUUCCACCGACUACGAACCAGUGUGUGGCAGUGACAGCAGAACCUACAGGAACUUGUGUCUCUUUGAGGAGGAAAGGCGCUGCAGAAGUCCCCACCUACAUGUCGUCAGCCAGGGCGUGUGUGGAGAACAGCAGUGCCCUGGCGUCUGCACGGAGGAGUACCGCCCAGUGUGUGGCAGUGACGGGAACACCUACGCUAACCUGUGCUAUCUGAGGGAUGAAAAACGCUGUACCAAUCCACACCUUACCCUUGUCAAACCCGGCGUGUGUCGUGUCCGGCAGUGUGUGGAUGCCUGCACGAAGGAGCUGGACCCCGUGUGUGGCAGUGACGGGAACACAUACAACAACCUGUGUCUGUUUGAGGCGCAGCGGUGCAGGGAUGUCCUACUUAUGCUCGUCAGCCAUGGCCCCUGUGCUAGUAUCCCGGAGCCGGUGCAGGAGUGUGACGUGGUGUGCACCCUUCAGUAUGACCCAGUGUGCGGCAGUGACGGGACCACGUACGGUAACCUGUGCCUUCUGACAGCGCAGCAGCAGUGUCACGAUAGCACACUGAGAUUUGUGAGGCAGGGAGAGUGUGAGGCCUCCCCCAAUAAGAAGUGCACGGGGGCCUGUACCCUUAUAUACAACCCUGUGUGUGGCACUGACGGGGUGACCUACGGAAACCUAUGCCAGCUGAAACUCACAAGAAGAUGCCACAGUCCUAAUCUUCGUCGCGCGCAUAGAGGAGAGUGCAGCGUGGUCCCCGGCGAGUGCCCAGUGAUGUGCCCCUCCCGGUAUGCCCCAGUGUGCGGGAGUGACGGCAGGACCUACGCUAACUCCUGCCAGCUCUCUAAAUUUGCCUGCGAAAGGAAAGAUUUGACUAUUGCAAACUAUGGCAGAUGUUAUCGAUACUCGCGACUUGGCUAGAGAGAGAGAGAGAGAGAGAGAGAGAGAGAGAGAGAGAGAGAGAGAGAGAGAGAGAGAGAGAGAGAUUAUACGUGUUUCU